GUCCCUCUUCUUCCAACAAAUUAUAUAUGAUAUUAGUGCACCGUGCCCAAAUCGAUCACUAUCAGUAGUGGCUAGGCUACUUGCAUGAUUAUCAUCAUGCACUUGCAAAUUCAAUUCAAUUCAACCAUUAUUGCAUUCUAUUCUGCUCUUCUAUUUAAAUUCAAUGUACGUAAAGUAUCAUAGCUGCAAAGCAAAGCAAGCUAAGCAUUCCAACAAUGGCCGCGGUUGACAGCUGCAGCGAUUUCAGAGUGGAUUUCAUCACAGAAUCUGUAGUCAAAACUGUUGGUCUCACACCCAAACCUUACAUUCUCACCCUCUCAAAUCUCGACCUUUUGUCCGGCCGCUUUCCGGUCACCUAUUUAUACUUCUUCCGCAGCCCAAACCAGUUUCAUUCAUCAUCGCCAAAAAUCAUUGACAACUUGAAAGCUUCACUUUCCCAAUGCCUCUCUCGUUUCUACCCUUUCGCCGGCCGAAUAGUGCCAAAUCCAAAGACCGAUGAGCCUGAAAUCUUGUGUGACAAUCGUGGCGUUUUGGUCGUGGAAGCACAGGCGAAUAUUCGUUUGAAAGAGCUCGAAUUCUACAAUCUCAACAAGUAUGUGGAGAGGGGAAAGCUAGUCCCGGCCUUCCGCCAACGCGGCGGCGACGAUUUCGCGGUGCAGAUUCAAAUCACACGGUAUACCUGCGGAGGCUUGUGUUUAACGUUCACGUUUGACCAUGCCUUGGGAGAUGCGAGUUCCUUUGCCAAAUUUCUGACCACUUGGUCGGAACUAGCGACCAACAAGCCUCCCUCUUGUUCUCCGGACCACCGGAGAUUUCUCCUCCGGCCAAGGUUUCCUCCCAGGUAUAACACAUCCUUGGACGAAACCUUCGUUUCCUGCUCCCUUGACGACAUACUCAACAUGCGGCCGCCGCCUACACUACUCUCAUCUAUCAUGCUCAAGCGCCUUUAUUAUAUCGACGCAUCAAGCAUCCACAAACUCCAAAAACUGGCUUCUGAAGAAGACGAUGGAAUUGGAACCAGCAGGAGGCGGACAAAAAUCGAGGCAUUCUCGGCUUAUAUAUGGAAGGUUAUGGUGAAUGCCGUCGACAAAAGCCAUAACAAGUGCAAGAUGGGAUGGUUGGUUGACGGGCGGACAAGAAUUCCAGGAAUUAUGUCGGAUUACAUAGGCAAUGUUCUGUCUCUAACCUUCGGAGAACUGAGCAUGGAUGAACUGAAACACGGGACCAUAUCUAAAAUCGCGAGCCAUGUUCACGCGGCAAUCUCUACAGCAACAAACGCGGAGCAUUUUUUGGAUUUGAUUGACUGGAUAGAGUGCCAUAGGCCAGGGCUGAUGCUGUCGAAGAUGGUGUUAGGGCGAGAUGGCCCCGGCGCGGCGAUUGUAGUGUCAUCAGGACGGCGGUUUCCGGUGGGCGAACUGGAGUUUGGGUUCGGGAGUCCGGUUCUUGGAACAGUUUGCUCCACCAUAGAAAGGAUAGGAGUUGGGUACGUCAAUCAAAGGCCAAGUGCCAGAGGUGACGGGUCUUGGACGGUGUCCGCUAUCUUGUGGCCGGACAUGGUGGCUGCACUUGAGUCCCAUUCAGAAUGUAUUUUUCAGCCCAUCACUGCUCACGAUCUGCACUUAUCAUGACUUCAAUCUUGUCAUUCAAUAAUAUAAACUCUCAAAGUGAGGGGCUUCCAGGUCUAGUUUGUGUGAUUCAUGUUCACUUGAAUUACCAUAAUUUAUAUCCUCUCAAAUGCUUUGUCAGGUUGGGACGGCAAAUUAUGCUAUGCGCAGGUGCGCACGACUCUAAAACGGCAUCAUUUUCAGGGAAAACGACGCUGUUCUAACUAAAAA